AUGGAGAGUGCGGACGUGGUGGAGCCGUUCCGUGCGGUGUUGUCGCACUUGACGCAGGGUGGUUCGUUGGUGCCGUUGUCGUCGGCGUCAAUGCCGGGGUCUUGGGAGGAGGCGCGGGAUGGGCGAGCUUGGAAUGCGUUGCGCCCUGUCAUGUUUGCGACGGAUAUUUCGGCGUCGGUUCGAGGGAGUGCUGUAAGUUGCUUGGGUGGCACGAAAGUGUCCGUUUCCGUAUUGGGUCCGUUACCACAACUGGCCUCGAACAUCGCCUUAAGUUCGGCCAUGGGCGGCUCAUCCAUGACUGGAGGCUCAGGUGCCGCAGCACCAUCUCGGCAGGACUUGGGACUGGAGGUCACGGUGAGUCUUGCCUUGGAGGCGGCCGGUGGUCGCGAACAUGUUGCCGGUCUCCUCGACCGUGCCCGACGCGUUGUGAAUGAGAGUGUAGAUGAGUCCAUUCGCGCCGACCAACGAAGUCAACGACUACCGCAGGCGCUUCUUGAAUGCCUCCGCUCCCUAGUCGACCAAAGCGCAUACGCUGGCAGCGCCAGUGUCCUCGCCGUCGCUGCCGUCGUCCUCGCUCAAGACGGUGAAGACAGCGUGCUUGUUUGUGCUAUCAACGCACUCGCACUCGCUCUCGCCCGCGCCAGAGUACACUGCCGAGGCGUCGCAGGCGCCGCAGCCGGCGCCAUCGUCACCUUCCCCAACGCGGGCGGUAACCCCAACGCGGGCGGUAACCCCAACGCGGGCGGUAACCCCCACGGGGGCUGUAACCCCGUGGUCUGCCUGGACCUCGGGGCACGCGAAAGACAGGCGCUCGACCAGGCCGGCGCCCGCAUCACCUCCCUAGUACUCGCGACCGUGCAGAAUACUCAAGACGUCCUCUACUUCAGCAUGCAAGGCAACGCGUGGAAAGAACCGCAUAACCAAAAACUACUCCGACUCACCUCCUCCGCUGCACAAGCCAUGGCCGAGCAAAUCAAAGCUUGCAUCGCAGGCACGGCUGAAUAA